AUGGGAGCUUUUUAAAUUGCACUCAUUUCAAUAAUAGUCUUUAGUUCCAUUCAAUUCGUCUAAUAUGUACUUGUAAUCACAGCAUAUUUGCUACUUAUACAAAAUUAAAUACCAUAUUUGAGAACUAAAUUCUUAUUAGUAACAUUAGUGGCAUUACAAAAUAUAGGAAUGAUGUUAGUCAAUGAACAUUAGAAUUCUAAAAUUGUUAAUAAUACAACUUGCACCAUAUAAGUAAUUUAAUAUAAUAUUCUUAGGCACUUAUCAUUCAUGGUACUCAAUUAUCAAUUUAUACUCUCUUUUUAUGCAUUACGUAUUCAAAGUGUAGAAAAGAAUUGAAUGAAACUUCAAUAAUAAGUCUAACAUUAAUAACUCUAUCAUUUAUGAUAAUGUAAAUAAAAAGAAAUCAUUUAAGCAAGUCCCCUUAUAAUGCAUCAAACUCGACCGGGUGAACUUUUAUGUGAAUUUGAUUAGCCAACAAAAGUUAUUCUUAGCACUAUCUGUAGUUAUAUAAUAUUAGUUGUUUUGCUUGUUUGCCCACUACUUACAAUUAAUAAAAUUGACUCAUAGUUGAAUAAGUUCAUUAUUAUUUUCACAAUUACUUAAAUAGUUGAAGUAGUUAAAAAUACAAUUGAUAUCAGCGAAUUAGAAUGUAUAUAAUAUAUUGAUAUAUAAAGUGGCUGGGUUAUUUUUCAUUUAGAUUAGAAAUUUCUUAUUUAUGCUAUUUUUUUAGAUUGAAACAAAAGAUGCUUUAUGUGGAUAUUGUGGAUUGAUUAAAAAACCAAAAAAACACAAACAAAAUUUAACUAGAUUAGAAGAAUGUAUUCCAGUUAGGGAAAAUGAAAUGACAUAUAAAAUUUGA